AAAAAAAAGUUGAAGAGAAAGAGAGAGAAAAAGAAGUUUGUUAAUAAGAAAAAUGGGUGAGCAAAAGAAAGUAAUGAGAAAGUCAAGAGUUGUCCAGGUAUACUCGGAAAAAUCAUGGGAAUUCUUCAUAAUUCAAGCCAAAAAGCUAGGAUUAUCUGUUGUGGUGCAUUUUACUACUACAUGGUGCAUUCCUUCAUUGGCAAUGAACCCAUGCUUUCAAGAUUUGGCCUUGAGCAACCCGUCUACCCUUUUCCUCUCAGUCGAUGUGGAUGAAGUGAUGGGUGUGGCAAAGAAGAUGGGAGUAAAGGCCAUGCCAACCUUUUUGAUGAUGAGGAAUGGGGUCGUAUUGGACAAGGUUGUAGGAGCCAACCCACAAGAGUUACAAAAGAGGCUUGCUAGCUUUGUGCAGCCUCAUUCAUUUGUCCAUUCCAGUUAAAUAUAUUCAAUUACAAAAAGCUAAGGCAUAUGUACAUACCAAGAAAAUAAAUGGAAAAAAAAUCAAAAUCAAAAAAUUAUGUCUUUAUAUGAACCUCAAAUAUGAGAUGUUGAGGUGCUGAAUGUAUACAUUCUGUUGUAAAUGUCGAAGUCUUCACAGAAAAUUGAGUUCUGGUGAUCUGUAAAUUAAUCAAAUGAUCAACUAACCAAUAACAAAGUUCAAAGGAAAAUUGCUUGAAAAUUUGCAAUUUGGCGGAGAAUGAAGUUGAUGUUCUUAAUCUGGCUAUUUAUGGCUCCAAAAACAGUGACUUAAUCUGGCUAUUUAUAUGGCUUCAAAAAAAAUGUGUUUUUUCUCCAAAAUUGUCCAAUUAACGCCUACUUCUCUU